CUGGGUGUUCGGAAAAAAUGAUUAAAAACAUAAUGUUUAAAAAUAAAAAAUACCCUAGUUAGGAUAAGUUCCCGCAAUCAGCAGUAGGACAUUUUCUGCCAUCUCAAACAAGUGAAAAUCGGACAUGCGCAUGGAAACGAGAAAAAUUAUUCGAAUGGUUUGCACUUUUUCGACAAGUGUGCUGUGUACAUAUGCAUUAGUGGUUAUAAAAUUAUUAGAAAAAAUGGAAUUAACAAUUUGAGAAUUUAGAAAUUUAAAUGAAAAACAAAUACAAUAAAUAACAUAAAAAACAGUAAGCUAAAAUCGAAAACUGAGAGACAAUGUUCUUUUGUACUUUUUGUUAUGAAGGUGUAUGUGAAAAAUCGAUAAAGGAAUUUUCGGUCUGUAAACAGGCUUAAUAAAAAUAAAGAUGAAGUGAAAAACCAGUAAAUUGCAUUUAUACAUUUAAUCCAUUCGAACCUUUAAAAAUCGAAAAACACCAAUUCUUCGAUUAUGAGUUCGAAUGGAAGUGAUUUGGGGCACAAUAACCGGCGAAAUGAAAAGGGUAAUCAGGACAAUGUUCACGCCUCGAUGCGUGGGAACGGCAGCAUGAGUUCCACACGUAGGAAAUCUAUUAACUUCCAGAAUCAGUUACAAUUGGCACUUGAAUCGAAUGAGUGCGAUGUGAUGUACUGCAGCCUGUCUUCGGGACGUUUUCGCACUCCGAAUGGCGAGAAUUACCCGCCACAUGCGGGCAAGCUAAAGCUAUCGCCGCUAGAAAAAUACGAUGAUGCGAACAGGGGCGUGCCGCCGCCCUCGCCGGCUCCAAAUAGCGAUUGUUUUGCCACCUGUGUGGCCAAUCAGCUACCUUCCCAGUCAUGCAGCGUGGGGUCCGUCAAGCCGGAUACUUCGGCCGUUCUGCAGAAGCACGGAAUUGGUGGGAGUGGAAGGGGAAACGGAAUGAGUGGGAGUGUAAUACCCGGAGGUGGUAUGGGUGGAAAUGGAAAUUACCAUCAGCGUGGGGUUUCCCCAAAUUCGAGAUAUCGCUUGGAGCGAUAUCGCGAAUCGCAGCCAACUGCCCAGACAAAGAUGAUCGACACAAUGGGUGGACUACCCUCAACCGUGCCCUCUGUCUCCAAUACCCGACUCCUGCUGCCUUCCAACGUACCCUUGCCACUCUCGCAGUGCGAGAACUACAACGCCUACUUGGGAUCCACGGUGCACACGCCGGUCAAGCGCUAUGUGCCCACUCCGCCGCCGGCCAUGGAACUCUACUCGGACCUGAGUAUCUCAUCCUCGCCGGCGGGCAAUCUACCCACUCCCGCGGCCGUUGCCACAUCGUCUUCGGCGGUGCAGUCACAGUACGCCAACAUGCCCUACAACUAUCGCUCCAAGUGCUGCCACAGUGAAGCCUCGCACGGCAGCCUCAGUCGCACAUCGCAGACCUACGCCAGCUGCUCACCGGCCUGCACCUCGCCCUCGCCGGCUCCUUCCACCAGCAUGUCGAUGGUCUUCUCGGCCGCCAGCUCCUGUUCGCCCAUCAUAACGGCCACCAGCUCAUCGAGGUCGGGAAACCACCGGGGCGAUGAUAGCGAUUCUGUUAUUGUGGUGGCUAACGGCGGCGGUUCUAUUGCUCAGAUCGAAGUGGACAACUCGUCGGGAACGUGUCUGCACUGCAAUACAGUGCGCCGCACCACGGGAGUUCAUCAGACCACACAGACCACGGGUCCCAUUAGUCCGGUUCCCAUAUCCCUGCCCGUGCCCAUGCCAAUGCCGGUCAUCUCGGGUCUGAACGAGCAGAUACCCAACCAGAAUCUCGAGUCGAGCAUGGUGUCUGUGCAGGCGAAGCGCCUUGAAGGGCCAUCCAAUGGCGGCAAUAUGGCCGUGCCACCUGGAUCGAACCAACACCAGAUGUACCGCAGUCAGAUGGCCAGCAAUCCGCGAAUGCAGCACAUGCACCACCAGACGCAGCAGCACCAGUCGCUCCAGGUGCUUCCGCAACCACAGACGCACCACUUGUCCUGCAAGAAGCGGAUUGGCAUCUACAUGAAGCGCACCACCUCUCAGUUCUUCGGCGUAGAGCCGAGUACGGAAGCGGCGGAUUGUGUGCUGUGGCAAGGACGUCAUCGUCGUCUGGCAAUACGCUGCUUUGGGAUGUUUGACACCGAGCUGGAGUACCACAUGCAGCAGGCAAUCGGUGGAGGAAACGAGGAUGUGGUGCAGGGCAAUGCCUCGAACAGCAACUAUGCCCCGGAUCGACCGGAUAUCCUGCCCGUUCAGGAUGCCAUAGGCAUGGAUAUGAAUCUAUCUGGCGAUAGUAGGAGGCAAAAGUGCUACACCAAUCGGGACUUCCUGGCCGGGGAGUUCGUGGAGCGCAAGGCAUCGGUGGGGUAUAUGUUCGUGGCCAUGGUUAGCUACUUGGUGCACAUGUUCAACAAGCGGAGGCCCAUUCAGAUGCACAGGGUGCGUUGUCCCUGGCAGUGGUCCCGCAGCUUUGCCCCUCUACACGUCACAUCGCACAAUAGUCAGCAGGCGGACGGAGACGGGUGCUUAACGGACGGCCUGGAGGCCAUUAUCGAUGACGAGGUGUUCUUCGACAGUCCCUGCGAGAUCACCACCACGUCGGUGAACGACGAGAGCUCCGAGAUAGGCCGGCAGACCGCAAAGCCACGUCCUUGUGCGGAUGCUUCGGGCGUGGGCGUCAGUGUCUACAUGGCGGAGAGGCAGCAGAAUGGCUGGAGAACAUCGGCGUUGAAUAGUGGCGGCAAUGCCAGCAGUGAUAUCAACCUAACCGGCGAUCAAGCUUCGCAUUUGACCGGUGCGGCCCACAUUCCGCUCUGCAGUUCGGUUUCCAGCCAAAUGCAACCCGCAAUGCGAAGCUCACACUCCACCACUUCCACCUGCAAUCGGGGCAACCGAAUUACUGCCCAACUGCUCGACGGAGUGCUUGAGAACUCCAGACGUCCGCCGCUGCGUUGCAUCAAGUACUUCUCGGUUAACGACCUGGACGAUCGUACCGAUCAUCGACCCUUUUUCACCUACUGGAUCAACACGGUGCAGGUGGUGGUGCUCAUCUUGUCGAUCAUCUGCUACGGCAUCGCUCCCAUUGGAAUCGGAUCGGAGCAAAAGACCGGACAGGUGUUGGUGACCAGCCUCAGUCUGCAGACGGUGCAGCAUGUUGAGCAGCGGAACCUCUGGAUCGGACCGAGAAACAUUGACCUGGUGCACAUGGGAGCCAAGUUCGCUGCCUGCAUGCGACGCGACAUCAAGAUUACCGAGGUGGUUACAAAGACGAGGCGACACGAAAGGGAAACGGCCUGCUGCAUUCGCAACGACGACUCUGGCUGCGUUCAGAGCUCUCAGGCGGAGUGCUCUAUCCGAGGACUCUACCCAACGAAAUCAAUUUCGACCUGGAAGAAAUGGUCCCCCAGUGAGUCCGGACCAGGUGGGAGAAUUUCUGGAUCAGUGUGCGGCUUAGACCCAAAGUUUUGCGAUGCCCCGGCAUCAAUAGCUCCCUACGAGUGGCCCGACGACAUCACCAAGUGGCCGAUCUGCCGCAAAACCAACUCGUUUACCCAACGAUAUCGGUACAAGGAUCACACUUCGGAGCAUAUGGUGUGCGAGGUGAUAGGCCAUCCGUGCUGCACGGGCUUGUAUGGAGAGUGUCGGAUAACGACCCGCGAGUACUGUGACUUUAUAAAGGGAUACUUCCAUGAGGAAGCUUCGUUGUGCUCACAGAUAUCGUGCCUCAACAAUGUGUGCGGAAUGUUCCCCUUCAUUUCUGUGGAGACUCCGGAUCAGCUGUACCGCCUGUUGACCUCGCUCUGUAUGCACGCCGGCAUUCUGCAUCUGGCCAUUACGCUUAUUUUCCAGCACUUAUUUCUGGCCGACUUGGAGAGGUUGAUCGGAACCGUUCGCACAGCUAUUGUCUACAUAAUGUCGGGCUUUGCUGGAAACUUAACGAGUGCCAUACUGGUGCCCCAUCGUCCAGAGGUUGGACCUUCUGCAUCUCUGAGUGGCGUGGUGGCCUCGCUGAUCGCCCUGCUGGUGUGGAUGCACUGGAAGUAUCUGCACAAGCCACACAUUGCGCUAUUUAAAUUAUUGCUCUUGUGCAGCGUGUUGGUCGGAAUAGGAACACUGCCUUAUCAACUGAACUUCCUAGGAUUGCUGGCCGGAGUGAUUUGUGGCUGCCUUUUAACCAUGUCUUUAGUGCCAUUUACCACAUUCACGAAAUACGGCCGGAAGAAAAAGAUUAAUCUCAUUUGGACUUGCGUACUGUUUCACGUUGUUGUGUACGCUGCAAUGAUAGUGACAUUUUACGUUCACCCCAGUGAAUUUCACUCCAUUAGCUUUGUAGAUAUGUUUAGUAAUAGCAACGGAUACGAAAAUUUCACCAAUACCGAUCAUCAUGGCGUUGAUGUCGUUAGCAGUAAUACUCGAUACUCUCAGACGCAGAACUCCCAAUAUUAUUAUCAUCAUCACUCGGAUGACAUUAUAAGGAAGAGUGUUACGUUCACAGAAAAGGCUCUCGUUUCGCACAUUUUAUAUCCGGCUGCGCCGCGGAAAACGAGCGCCCAACAAUGGCAGGAAGUAGAGUUUAGUCGUUCGUUUAAUCACCUUUCAAACUAUAGUGAUCGAAUUAAAAAAAGUAUUGGAAAUAUAUCAAAGCUUAAGCAAGUGUUCACUUCACCCAUUAGAUUCUCAAACAAAAACAACCACUCUAAUCUUAUGACUGAAUUAACAUCGGUGCACUCCGAAAAUAAACAGAAAUAUUUAGGUUACAUCAAUAAUACUGAAUUUAACGUCCUUUAAUAUUUUACAUAUUAAUCGAAUCAAUUCAUGACAAAAAAAUUUGACAAGUUUGAGUGCACAAAUAGAUAACAAUUAUAUGAAUAACGCAUUAAAUGUCUAUUUAUGUAUGUAUAAUCCGAACUUUAAA